CCCUCACGGGUGUCCGGUCCCCGCUGCCCCUUCGUCCUCCCCGUCCCCCGCGGCUGCCACGGCGCGGCGCCCUCGCUGAGGGAGGCGGGCGCCAUGGCGGCCGAGGCGCUGGCGGCCGAGGCGGCGGCUUCGCGGCUGCAGCGGCAGGAGGAGGACGUCCGCUGGCUGUGGGCGGAGGUCCAGCGCCUGCGGGACGCGCAGCUGAACGCGCCCGACCGCGGCCCGGCCGGGGGGCCCUGCCUCCCGCGGGAGGUGGCGCGGCUGCGGGCGGAGAACCAGGACCUGCGGCGCCGCCUGUCCCGCCUGCGGCUGAGCCUCGCGGAGGAGCGGAGCCGCCGGGCGGCGCGGGAGGAGGAGCCUCCUUCUAGUCCAAACCAAGAAGAGGACAUUCAGAAUGCGAAGGGGGAACAGGAGCCUGACAGCCAGGCCAGAGUCCCGGUGCAUGAGGACAGCCCGGCUAGGGAGGCGCUGCAGCGGAUCUGCGGGGUGUCCCUCCCCGAGAGCAAGAUGAUGACAGCCUGGGAGGAGGCCCAGGAGGAGGCCGGCAGCCGAGACCACAGGAGAAUCGGGAAGGACCAGGAGCUUUUCUUCUUCCACGACCUGAGCCCCGGGAGCUGCUUCUUCCUCCCGCGGGGAGCCUCCGUCUACCACACGCUGCUGGGCUUCAUCCGCGAGGAGUGCCACCGCCGUGGCUUCAUGGAGGUGCUCUCCCCCAACGUGCUCAGCAGCAAGCUCUGGGAGGCCUCAGGCCACUGGCAGCUUCACAGCCAGAGCAUGUUCGCCUUCGACGUGGACAAGGACACGUUCGCCCUCAAGCCCAUGAACUGUCCGGCACACUGUCUCAUGUUUGCCCACCGCCCGCGGUCCUGGAGGGAAAUGCCCGUGCGGUUUGCCGACUUCGGGGUUCUUCACAGAAGCGAGCCGUCGGGAGCCCUGAGUGGCCUGACCCGGGUGCGGCGCUUCCAGCAGGACGACGCCCACAUCUUCUGCACCGAGGAGCAGGUCGAAGAGGAGAUCCGGGGCUGUCUGCAGUUCUUGCAGUCCGUCUACUCCACGUUCGGCGUGUCCUUUCAGUUAAACCUGUCAACGCGGCCGGAACACUUCCUGGGCGAGCUGGCGUUGUGGGACGAGGCUGAGGAGCAGCUGCAGAAGAGCCUGGCGGACUUUGGAAAACCGUGGAAGCUGAGCCCAGGAGAUGGGGCGUUCUAUGGCCCUAAGAUCGACGUCAGCAUCAAGGACGCCCGGGGCAGGUCCCAGCAGUGUGGGACCAUCCAGCUGGACUUCCAGCUCCCGAGGAGGUUUCGCCUCACCUACGUCAGUAAGGACGGGGACGACAAGAAGAGCCCUGUGAUCAUUCACCGCGCCAUCCUGGGCUCCGUGGAGAGGAUGACCGCCCUCCUAGCGGAGAGCUACGGGGGGCGGUGGCCUUUCUGGCUGUCUCCUCGUCAGGUGAUGGUCAUCCCCGUGGGGCCGACUUGUGACAAGUAUGCACUUCAGGUCUCCAGCACGUUUUUUGAAGAAGGAUUCAUGGCUGACGUCGAUUUAGAUCAUAGCUGUACACUGGAUAAGAAAAUCCAAAACGCCCAGCUGGCUCAGUAUAAUUUUAUCUUCGUGGUUGGAGAAAAGGAAAAAGCAAACAGCGCUGUCAACGUUCGAACAAGGGACAACAGAGUUCACGGAGAGAUGUCAGUCGCUUCUGCCAUGGAUAAAUUGAAGAAUCUCAAGAAAUCGCGUACACUAAAUGCCGAGGAAGAGUUCUGAAGCCCUUCCUUGCUCUCCCUUCUGUGUAACCUUGUUUUGACCCCCGCCCCCCCAAAAAUGCAUUUUUCUUCAAUAAAGUUAGAACUUCUGAGAACUCUGGGCACUGCCGGUUCCUCUGCUGGGGGCGGCAGAGGAGGAGACAACGAAUGAGUAGCCGAUUUAUGUCCGAAGUUUAAUUCACUCAUGUGUCUGAGAACAAGCCUGGGGAAAUUUCUAAUUUCCUAAAUGUCUCGAGAGACUUAUAUGGGAAAAUGUUAUUGAUUGAAAA